CCCAAUCUCCGCGAGCCCGGACUUCUUCAGUCUGUCUGCCAGCUCUGGUUCCCGGCGCUCCGGUGGCGACACCGGGUCUACAGCGGGGAGGACGAAUAGGACAGGUCUUAGGGUGCCUCCUGAAGAACUACCAUGUCUGGGAAUAGUACAUUUUCCACAGAAGAUAGCAGCAGCUAUAAACCCAGCGCCUCAAACCUCCGCAGGGCAGGGAAGAAAUGCUCAUGGGCUUCCUAUAUGACCAACUCCCCAACACUCAUUGUUAUGAUUGGCUUGCCAGCCCGGGGUAAAACUUAUGUGUCCAAGAAACUAACACGCUACCUCAACUGGAUUGGAGUACCCACCAAAGUGUUUAACCUUGGGGUAUAUCGACGUGAAGCAGUCAAGUCCUAUCAGUCUUAUGACUUCUUUCGACAUGAUAAUGAAGAGGCUAUGAAGAUCCGAAAACAGUGUGCCCUGGUGGCACUGGAAGAUGUUAAGGCCUAUUUUACUGAAGAGAGUGGGCAGAUUGCGGUGUUUGAUGCCACCAAUACCACUCGGGAGAGGAGGGACAUGAUUUUGAACUUUGCCAAGCAGAAUGCCUUCAAGGUAUUCUUCGUGGAAUCUGUCUGUGAUGAUCCUGAUGUCAUUGCUGCCAAUAUUCUGGAGGUAAAAGUGUCAAGCCCUGACUACCCCGAAAGGAAUAGGGAGAAUGUGAUGGAGGACUUCCUGAAGAGAAUUGAGUGCUACAAGGUCACUUACCAGCCCCUUGACCCAGACAACUAUGAUAAGGAUCUUUCUUUCAUAAAGGUAAUAAAUGUAGGCCAGAGAUUUCUGGUCAACAGAGUUCAGGACUACAUCCAGAGUAAGAUUGUCUACUACCUGAUGAAUAUCCAUGUCCAUCCUCGUACCAUCUACCUUUGCCGGCAUGGAGAGAGCGAGUUCAACCUUUUGGGAAAGAUUGGAGGUGACUCUGGCCUUUCAUUGCGAGGAAAGCAGUUUGCUCAGGCUCUGAAGAAGUUUCUGGAGGAACAGGAGAUCCAGGACCUCAAAGUGUGGACGAGUCAGUUGAAGAGGACAAUUCAGACCGCUGAGUCUCUGGGCGUGACCUAUGAGCAGUGGAAGAUCCUCAAUGAGAUUGAUGCUGGCGUGUGUGAGGAGAUGACAUAUUCAGAGAUUGAGCAACAGUAUCCAGAGGAAUUUGCACUUCGAGAUCAAGAGAAGUAUCUGUAUCGAUAUCCUGGUGGGGAGUCCUACCAGGACCUGGUACAGCGGCUGGAGCCUGUCAUCAUGGAGCUAGAACGGCAAGGCAACAUCCUCGUUAUCUCCCACCAGGCUGUCAUGCGCUGCCUCCUGGCCUACUUCUUGGAUAAAGGCGCAGAUGAGUUACCAUACUUGAGGUGCCCCCUCCACAUCAUCUUCAAACUUACUCCUGUGGCCUAUGGUUGCAAAGUGGAAACAAUUACACUGAAUGUGGAUGCUGUAGACACACAUCGUGAUAAGCCAACUCACAACUUCCCCAAGAGCCAAACCCCUGUAAGGAUGAGAAGGAACAGCUUUACGCCUCUGUCCAGUUCGAACACAAUAAGGCGUCCAAGAAAUUACAGUGUUGGGAGCCGACCCCUCAAGCCCCUCAGCCCUCUCCGUGCCCUGGACUUGCAAGAAGGGGCGGACCAGCCGAAGACCCAAGUCAGCAUUCCGGUGGUGUAACUGUGUGUUUCCCUCCAGCUUUGGCCUCUUGCCCUUGCCACUAAUCAACCAAGAAGUCAUUUAACUUUAACCUCCUCGUGUCCCAGCGUUGAUCUGAACAUGGAAUCUGAGCUCAUGCGUGUGCAGAGCAGCCUCAGCCAUUCUCUAGUGUAAACACCUCACCCGGGGGCAAGAUGGCAAGUUGGGUUUUUAGGACAGGUCCCCAGAUGGGAUGAUCUGAAAGAAGAGGAGCCAAGCAUGAGUCAUAGACUUGGUUCUUCUGUUUCCUAUUGUCUAAGCCCAGUGUCUGUGAAGUGUGUGUGUGUGUGUAUGUGUGGAAGGGGGGUUGUCGGGAGGGAGUGCUGAAUAGCGUGAGAUGUAACAACCUGUUUGUCAUUCACAUGUGUCCUUUACAUCUGUCCUUACAUCCUUAACUUCCCUGUCCUAUAGCUUCUCUUUAGGUUGUCUGGUGUGAUGCAUGGUAUUGUGACGUCUUAAAGUCAGGGAUUGUUGAUAGGUAUCUAAGUCCCAUUGGUGCUGUCUGCACUCGGGUCUGGAUCUGCACUGGGAGAGUCUUCUCCCUUCCCUUCUCCCUUCCUCUCCAGCCAGGUCCAGCAAGGGUCAGCCCAGGCUACAGAACAUCCACAGAAAGCCCUGGAGUUUGCAAAUGGACAUAGGGUGAGAGCUCUUGCCUCUUUUCAUGAGACACAAUCCUGAGUUUUUGCUGCCCUGGGGAGCUAGCUCUAAGGAUGUGGAUAUGCCUUGCUUUGUGUACCUAGCUUGAAGAGCCGGACAGUUCUCUGCUGGCUGUGAAAUGGGGCUGAGGCGAAGUCUAGGCCUUGUCGAUUGACAGUUGAGAAUGUUUGUCCUGUGGCUCUCCUUUUCCUUGCCAUUGCAGUAACUUCCCUGCAGCCCAUGACCUCUGGGGCUGUGUAAAAGCACCAUUGAGCCCGGAAUUUCUCCAGGCAACAGUGAGGGUCUUCAGUGAGUUCAGUAAAGCUGCUCAUUGUUUACCAGUACUUUUUGGAAUAAUUUCCUAAAGCUAAGUUUUUUCAUGAAAAGUUAUUCUUUGGUCAUGAAAAAAGUUUUGAUGAACUUAUAACCUGUCUUAUUGGGGGCAUUUUGUUUAUAUAAGAAAAUAUUACAAUAUUCCAAGAAGUCUUCUGGGUUUUGGCUCUUGAAAGUUUAUUUGUAUCUAUUUUUUGCUUAAAAAGAGGAUUCUCCAUAUUGGCCCAGGGCCUUGUGUUUGCUAAGAGAGCACCCUGCUGUUGAGCGCAGUACCAUUCCACUCUGGUACAUGUUUCUAAGGGACAAAUCUAAAGGUCUCAUGAGUUUUUUCAGAAGAGACAGGUGACUCCUUACCUCUCAGUUUGUCAUGUGGGGCCAAGUGGUGAGAGAAAGUUAUCAAGUUUCUUCAUUUUGUCUUGUGAUAGAAAGCUUUUUUCAUAGUUCUUAUCCAGAAACAUUUCUUAGACUAUGCUAUAGGAUUUUUGAAAUAUAUAUAUAUACCUUGGUUCCCUUGAGACAGACUGAGUACUGUCUCCAAACUCUCUGGGAUUGGAAUCUUAAUAUUUGAGUGUUUAAAUGACUUCCUGAAGAGUUAGUCCCAGGUUAAGAAGGCCACUUGAGGAGCUGAAGAGAUGGCUCAGUUAUAACAGCACAUGCUGCUCUUCCAGAGGUUCAGAGCUUGGUCCCUAGCACUCCUAUUGAGUGGCUUACAGUAGCCUAUAGCUCCAGCUCUGGGGCAUCUGAUGUCUUCUUCUGGGCUCCCCAGGUACUUUCACAUAUGUAGCUCAUGUACACAUAGACACACAAAUAAACAUAAAUAAUACUAAAACUAAAACUUUUUUUUCAGUCCCACUUUAUGAAGCUGAAUAGAAAAAUACCAGUCUAUUGAUAUGUUAGACAAAGUGUCAGACUGGAAAUUAUGAAUUUAUGGUUCUGAAAAGACAGUUCUUUGGAAUUAGAUGCUGAGGCAUUGCAGUUUUGACUGAAGUAAUCCCUUCAAAGGCAGGCUGCCUUGUUAGAAAGAUAUUCUAGAUUCUAGUCCCAUCUUAUAUCUUUGGCACUACAAGGAGGAUAUGCAACAAAUUACUGACUUAAACACAUGUUCUUGGAUCCAUGCUGAAAAUGUACUAAGGUGAAGCGCACUGAGCUGGAACGCAUGGCCUGAUGGAGGGCCUCAUCACAGGCUGCUGAUAGCUGGCCUUGAGCCCUUUACCUCCUGCUCCAUAUAGAUGCUACCUACCUUCCUGAAACUCAUCCAAGACAGAGUAACUGAGAAAUCCAGUCAGGCAGUGUGCACUGUCCCCUGUUUGCCUUUGAUGGUGGGCUCUAGGUAUGGUGUGGAAAACACAUGCAAAAUGACAAAACAAAAAUGUUCAGUUUCCUGGACCCGAUGAUUACAAACAAACAAAAGAACACAAGAACAACAACGACAACAACAGCAGCAAAUGACUUUUGACUGGUCAGACUUGUGUUCAAGGUUGAGAUUAGAUAACGUAUCUAAGGGCUUGCUCCUGGAGAAGACUGAAUCUUCCUCUCUCAGCAGCCGUUGAGUGCUUGUGGCUCUUCUUCUAGGGUGGAUUUUUAUAUACACACACAUAUGUAUACAUAUGUAUAAACCUAAAUAUACACAUGUGUGUAUAUACACCUGUGCACGCCACAAUAACUAGAGGAAGGGAUUAUGAUCUUGAGGGAGUGGGAGAAACCUUGGAAGAGUUGGAAAAGGGGCAGGAGGCCUAGAAUACAGUACUUGUGUGUGAAAUACUAAAAAUAAAAAAGACAGGAGAUGUAAUUGAUAAGUGAACAUUGCAAAACAAUCAAACAUUCUAGAAGAGCUGACAUUAGGGUAGAGUAUAGCUUGUCCUCUGACUGUUUCCUUGUUCUGUGGCUGUCCCAGGGGGUUGGCAUGUCCUCUCCUCACAGUGAGAGGAUGAGAUAUGAUGUGUUUGGUGUGUCUGGCACUUUUACACAGUUGCCUUGUCUACUGCUUAGUUAUUGCAACUCUGGUCCAAAUUGGCAUUCAGUCUUUCUUCUGCUGCAAGGUAAGAGUAGUUCAGAGCUACUGAGCGGAAAGAGGAAGAACAUUGUUCUAACAGCUACUAAGGAUAGUCUAGCUUGUAAAAGGAGACUUUUCUGACCACUUGGAAUUGAGCUAGCCUGUUGUAAGUGCCAUCUUUAGGAGUGGACUCUCAGUCUGCUGCUUGCUCUUCUCAUUUCCACUGUGUUAGUUUACUUCUAUAAGAAGGGUUGGGGAAGUCUGGUUAUCCCUGCAUAGCAAGGAGCAGAAGUUGGAGCUGAAAAGCAGCAGCUUCCUUCAACAUCCUUCGGCUUUUAGAGCAAGGCCUUUCAGAGUAGCUGAGCAGGAACAGCAGGGAGACACAGAGUGGAAAGUACUCUUAUUCCAAAGUUUAGGAAAGUUCCACUUUCAUCCUUUUUUAUUUUUGCCCUUGUUUCUUACUAGUGAGAGGUUUACCAGGCUGUGCUUGUGUCUAUGUAUCACAAACCCCACAAAGAGAAUAUGACUUUUAGAGUACCCAGAGUUGAAGUUUUCAGUUUUCUCAUGGGGAAAAUAGGUGAAGACCUACCUGUAUAAAACAGAGAAAAGAAAAUAAUUGUUUUUUUAUUUAUUUAUUUUGUUUUAUUUUUAAACUCAAAACAGAAUGGGAGAUAAAAUCCUGAAAAAUGGUGGAGGGGUCCUGGAGAUAUAGUUCAGUGGUAGAGUACUUGCCUAGCCUAUAGGAGGCCCUGGGUUCCAUCCCCAGUGCUGGGGUAAACAAGCACAAAACACAAAACAACACUGAAUGAGAAAAGGAAAUGGACUUGAAAGAGCAGCUGAAAGGAGAUUUAGAGAACCAGUACUGUUCUGCCUUGUUUCCAAACUAGAAUUUAGCAUUUACUGAUCAUUGGGGUAGGGCUUUUUCUCUUGGUAAAUGAGUCAUUUUACCAUUCUUAGACAUGCAUUAUGCUGUGUGCUUGCCAUUAUUUCUGGUUCCUAAGAAGGCAGAGUUAGGGAUACAGCAUGCUUCUGGUCCUAGACCAAAUGGUUGAACAUUACAGACAAGGAUCUAUGUAAUCCUUGUAGAAGUUGGUAGUUGAUCUCCACACAUCUCAUUUAAGAAAACAAAGUGUAAUUGUUAGGGAAUAAAUCUGCCUGAUGAUUCUUGUAGGGACAGGUGUGAUCUAAGUUCCUGAGGAGCUCAUUAGAGCUUGGUGUGGCCGGUGGACAGGAGAAACAUGCCAGGUAGUUGAGGUAGCUCUGAGUGAUGAGGUUCCAUGCACCUUCCACUGCCUUGCCAUCUCAGAAGAAUGUUGUGUUUGCUGUCAAAAGUUUCAGUAAGUCACCCAGCUUUCCUUGAUUGACUUGUUUGUGUAAAGGCAUUUUUUAUUUUAAAAGUACCUAGCAGUUAAGCAGGACUGCUCUGCAAGAUCUUGGCUCUUCCCUAGAGGUGACACACAUCAGAAGUGUGCCUAAGAAUUUAGUUUUGUAGUGUCCAGAAGACUAAUGGUCUUUUUGGCAAUAGUCCAUCCUUUCUCACUGUGCUGACGGGUGGGAUAUGCACAUUAUUGUAUUUCCUUGCCCACUAUUCCUACAAGAAGCUUGAGAUUUUUUGUUUCCUUUAUGGAAAAGUUCUGUACAACAUGGCUUUUCACAGGCAAUAUUGUAAAAUAGUGACCCAACUUCUCAUUAUUUUUCAAAAGAUGAUGUUUUAGAUUUCUUGUGUGACAUUUUGUGAUCCUAGCUAAGGUGAUACCAGAAGAGUUGUGACUUUGCUUGAAGUCAUUUCAACUAGUCUCCUGCUUCAGGGUAGAACUUUUCUUUUACUAUCCAUUCCUGAACCUUCUUUAUCCUCACCCUUUCCAGUUGUGGGCUGUAGUAUGCUCACUGAGAGGGCUGCUGUUUUUAAUCUGCUGUGUGUUUAGCCUUUACUCUUAAUCUUAUACAAAGGGAAAUAUGAUCCGAAGAGUGGGUCAGAGUAUUCCUUCCCAUGAGCCUUUCACUGGGUGUGUAACUAAUAUGCAUAUGACUCGGUUUUAAAACACUCUGAAUUGUGAAUAGUUUUUUGUUGUUGAAGCAACAAAGUCAACUUACUCAUAUGUGGUUUUCCUGUGGCAAAUGCAAAGGGCUUCCUUCUCACAAGUGGCGUGUGAUGUAGAAGAUGCUGAGCAUUCCUUGUUUGGAUGGAAAUGGGCAGAAUUGGGAGGCCCAGGAGCAGCUUUAUUGCAGAUUUCUUAGGCACAGCUCUGCUGAAAGUGAAGAUGUUAAUCCUUAGUAGCAUUCUGAUUUAUUCUCGUGAUAUUGAUAAUGAAAUAUUGCAUCAGGUCCAUUUAAAGUGCGUAUAAUUGUAUUUGAACUGUGUUUUAUGUGCAUGUCUGUAUAGUACGGGUUAAUAAAAUUGUUGAGUAACUUGAACUUAU